AUGCCCGUGCUCGCCGAACAGCCGCGCCAACUAUCCAUUUCUUUUGACGAGCCAACCCUCUCCGACCGCCUGCGUCAUCGCGAUUCACGCUCCCAGUCCCACCGUUUUGCCAUUGAAGAGGAGGACGAGAGCACAGGCACCGCCAGCGAGCCUGCCGAGCCUCUCACUCCCACCAGCCAUAGCAGCGAUGGCCCCUCUUUUCACCACCCUUUCCCGGACGAUGACUCGGUAGACGAUGUCUUUGCUACCCCACGCCCGCUACCCAGCGACACGCCAUCAAAGUCUUCUCAUGAAGAUGCCCUUCCCCCACCAGACACCCACACAUCCCACCCGCCCGAGCGUGAGUCGCCCCCCGAGAGGCGUGGACUGGGCAAGCGUGUCGGAAGCCUGCUCCGUGGCAAAUUGCACAGAAGCUACGCAUCAAAGGACGGCGCCAGUCAAUCAGAGACGUCAAAUCUCUCCACGCCAAGCAGGUCUCCAAAAACAAAGCCAGACACCGACACUUACAUUGUCAAGACUGGCAUCGAUGGCCCAGCCGAGUUGUCCACCCCGGCCGUCGACAUUCCCCGCCAGAGCAAGAGGCUAAGUACUUUUUCUCUAACCAGACGCUCCGAUAGGUCCUCUCGUGCAAGCUCUCCGCCCUUGUCUGGCUCAACUAGCAGCAGGCCCUCGACCGACAAAAGACCAGAGCUUGGCAAGAAGCCCAUAUCUUCUACCGGUCUGGGAAACAUGUCCAGGCCCAGGCCUGGCAUCACCUGGGCUGGAAGCGGAAGUGUCACAACUACCAAAAAGACUGGUUUCCUGCGGAGGCGGUCGGCCAGCACAGAACAAGUGCCACGAACGGGCGAGAGUACAGAAAAGCCUACUGCUGGUAUGCUGGCCACCUUCUCCAAGCCUGCCGCCCAGGGUGUAGGCAUGAAAGCACGACGCCUCAGCAUUAACCUGCCUGAUGAUUUCAUUAUAGAUUGGUGUGAACUAGACAAGGAGUUUAAGAGCUCGAGCCUGAUGCCGGGGAAAAGAGGAAGGAUACUGGGCAAGGGGGCAACGUCUGAAGUUCGAAUCAUGGCGCGAAGAGGAGGCAUUACCAGGGAAGAGGACUUGGUCGCAGUCAAGGAAUUUCGAGAAAGGGAUAAAGAAGAGACAGAAGAAGACUAUGUGCUCAAGAUCAAGUCCGAGUAUAGCAUUGCAAAGAGUCUGCAUCACCCCAACAUUGUCGAGACCGUUCGCCUAUGCACCAACCGCGGCCGCUGGAACCACGUCAUGGAGUUUUGCACAUAUGGGGAAAUCUACUCGCUCGUAGAGCGUAAGCUCUUUGCCGGUGGGCCAGAAGGGUACUAUAGCCGGGAUGACCGGCUGUGCUUCUUCAAGCAGCUUCUCCGUGGCGUCGACUACCUGCACAGCCACGGCAUCGCCCAUCGAGACAUCAAGCUGGAAAACCUGCUUCUCAGCAAGGAAGGCCAUCUAAAAAUCUCGGAUUUUGGCGUUGCCGAAGUCUUUAGCGGCGAGCAUCCUGGCCUGCGCGCUUCUGGCGGAGAAUGCGGCAAAAAUAUGGGACAGAUUCGUCUUUCAGCCCCUGGCAUCUGCGGCAGUCUGCCGUAUAUUGCUCCCGAAGUGCUAAAAAAGGACCACAGCUACGACCCCCGACCGCUGGAUAUAUGGUCAACUGCCAUUGUCUACUUGACCAUGACGUUUGGUGGCUGUCCAUGGCAAGCGGCCAAGCCAGAGUUCGAGUACUACGCGCGAUUCAAAAAGGGUUGGGACCAGUGGCUGCAAGCCCAUCCGGACGGACAGAUCUUCGAUGGCCCCGACGGCCACCCCAAGUGCGGCAAACUAUUCAGUCUAAUCGAGCCCCCGUCGAUCAAACGUUUGAUGCUGAAGAUGCUACAUCCCAUUCCGUCGCAGCGCAUCACGAUCCGCGAUGUGCUCAAGACGACGUGCAUCAAGAACAUUGGCUGCUGCUGUCCGGAAUCCUACGAGGAGCCCAAGAUUACCUUUGAUGCCUCCAAGGCGUCGAGUGCGAGAACGGCGGCGCCUAAGAAGUAUCUGCAUCACCACGUCCCUCCCAAGCCUGAGAAUAAGGUUGGAAAGGCAUUUACCCACCGCUUUGACAUGGGCGAACGAUGA